GGGAGCCUUGGCGGCACUGCUGAGCUUAAAACAGCCCGAGCUGGCCGUCCUGCCCGCCAGUGACACACACAGCCAGGAGGCCGGCGCCACACACAGCGAGGACCACGGCGCGCCCGGCACCGCGCUGAGCGCGUCCCGGAGUGGGCCAUGGACGGACUCAAGAAGGAGCGCUUGCUGGACUAUCGCUAGGACAGCGGCCUGGACUCAAUGAAGGAUGAGGAGUACUAGCAGAUGGUGAAGGUGCUGCGGGAGAUCCGUCUGGAGCAGCAGGAGGCGCCGCGCGGCGCCGAGCCCUGGAAGCAGCAGCUGACGGAGGACAGAGACUCGUGCUCUGGGCAGGACAGGGAACAGGGUGGAGGACACAGUCCCCAGCUCCGGAGAAGGGACAGGUCAGGCUCUCCUGGCCCAGCCCCCCAGCUGUUAGCAGGUCACCCCUCGGUGCCCUCCAGAUUCCAGAUACACAAAAGAGGUGAGAAGCUUAGCCAGGUCCCAGCUGCUGGCGCUCACCCCUUUCUGGGUCUGAAGUUCUUGACAUGCUCUGUCCUAGGUCCCCACAAGCAGAAUCCUCGCCUGUGCCCCCGAGUGGAGCCUUGGUCUUGGUUCUGUGCAGCCCUGGGUGGGCAAUGGAGGAGCCAGAGCAGAAGUGGGGAGUGGAAGCGGCCUGCUGUGGCAUCACCCCAUACCUGGCUCCUCCCCAGCACUGAGAUGGGGAGCACAAAACUGGGGGUGCUCCCCAGCCUCCCUUCUAAACCCUCAGGUCGGGCGUUUGCCAUGCACUGUGAGGGUGGUUGCCGUCUGUCCCACAAGUCCUGUUCCCAGCGCACUGCCCUGGCAAUCCCCAGCCCAGACAGGCAGGUGCCAUUGUCAGCCUGCAGUCUCUCCCUGUGCCACCCGUGGCCACCCGAGCUGCCCUCACCUCGAGCCAGGUUCCCAGAGAUGAAGCGGAAGAAGAAGCUGAUGAUGUCGCCCAGGUGCUUCUGGCAGCUGUGCUGGCCCUCCUGCAGCUGCCGGUGGUGACCCUCGCCAUGUCCUGCCAUCCCUGCUCAGCUGGGCUCUGUCCUCAGGUCACAGUGUAAGUGGCCUCCCUUGGCCCCUCCCUGGCCUGACACUUGGAGCCCUUCUCUUUCUGGAACCUCCCCUCCUUUUGCCCACUCUUGCUCUGUCCUCUGUCUCAGCCUGUGUCUUGGCCUCUCUCUAUCUGCCUCCUGGCCCCUCGCCCUCUGUCUGGACCCCCUGCUUCUCCUGGCCCUGCUCCUGAACCCCAGGACCCAGAGCCCUCUGCUUCGAGCCCAGCAGCUUUCUGGACCAGGCCUGUGGGUGAGCGGGGUGGGCAUCAGCCCCAGCACUGGGAGGAGCUGAUGCUGGUGUGAUUUCCAGCUUGGGGUGUGAUCUCACUGCAAAGGGGCCUCACAGGUCCGCAGGCCUCUGCAGCCAGUGAGAAGCAGCCUCCUCUCACAGCUCUACCUGGGAGACACAGGGCCAGGCUCUGGGCAGAACAGGGCAGGGUGGGGCCUGGGGUUCUGGCUUUCUCUGACCCCAUCCCCAGCCCUGCGGGAUGUCUCUCUAGAGUAGAGGAUGAGGAGGUGGGGUGGUCCCUAUAAUGAGAAGGAAAAGGGAAAGCCUGUUGACCCCACUUCCUUCCCUGCCCCCACAUUUAUGGAUCAUCUAGUAUGUGCCUGGCCACUUGCUAAGUCCUUCUGAGCUCAAUGGGUACAUUCAGCCAAGAAAACAACCCUGUAAGUUGUGUGUGGCCAUGAGUGCCAAUUGUGGGCCAGAAAGCACAGGCAGGCUGUGUGAGCAGGUGCUGACUCCUGCGGGUGCUGACUCUUGCGGUACCUGCUGCAUGGCCCCUCCCUGUGGCUAGGGGGAAGCCCCUGGGACUGAGGGGGAUAAUUCACCCAAAGCUUUAUGGAUAGAGGUGCAGACGGGGAGGCCACUCCAGGGAAGGACAUGGAGCAGGGGUGCCCUCUGUUGGCGGGAUGCUGUGUUCCUACUUCUCGCUUUGGAAGAGGGUCCCGGAAGUACACUGAUCUUGGGGAGCUGUUGACCAUUUGAUCAGGGGUCAGGGGCACAAAGGACAAGAUUCGAGGAAAGGUAAUGAAGUCACUGGGCGGCAAUACUACCAGGGUCCACGAAUUGCUCUUUCAGGGCGCCCAGGCCACAUGCGGAGGUGCCAGAAAUCAAGCAGACCCGAUGGCCUGUGCUGUGCUUGCCAGGUGGCCUCCUGUACUGGCCAACCCUGCACUUGCUCAUAAGAAAAAUGUCA